GAAAGAGGCCGUAAGUGCCAUCAACCGAAAGGGAAGCAAAGAAUAGUAACCUCCCAUUUCCUCUUUGCCCUCUGAAGAAACCACCGAUUCUCAAGCGAAAUUGUAGAGAGAGAAAUGGGUACGCUUCAAAGUUGGAGGAAAGCCUAUGGAGCUCUCAAAGACCACACAAAAGUUGGCCUUGCCCAUGUUAAUAGCGAUUUCAAGGAUGUGGAUGUGGCGAUCGUUAAGGCUACGAAUCAUGUUGAGUGCCCACCAAAAGACAGACAUCUUAGAAAGAUUUUGGUUUAUACAUCAGCGAUGCGGCCUCGUGCUGAUGUUGCUUACUGCAUACAUGCACUUGCGAGGCGAUUGGCAAAGACACAUAAUUGGACGGUAGCACUGAAGACAUUGAUAGUAAUCCACAGAACAUUGAGGGAAGGUGAUCCAACUUUUAGAGAGGAACUGCUGAAUUUCCAUCAGAGAGGACGCAUUCUCCAAAUGUCCAAUUUCAAGGAUGAUUCAAGCCCAAUUGCUUGGGACUGCUCAGCGUGGGUACGAACAUAUGCACUCUUUCUGGAAGAACGGCUUGAAUGCUUUAGGGUUAUGAAGUAUGAUAUUGAAGGAGAGCGCCUUCCUAAACCUGCCCAAGGGCAAGAAAAGGGAUACAGCAAAACAAGGGAGUUGCCCAGUGAGGAACUUUUGGAGCAGUUACCUGCUUUGCAGCAGUUGUUGUAUCGUCUUAUUGGAUGUCGGCCUGAGGGAGCAGCAGUUGGAAAUUAUGUGAUUCAAUAUGCCCUUGCCCUGGUCCUCAAGGAGAGCUUCAAAAUCUAUUGUGCUAUAAAUGAUGGAAUAAUUAAUCUUAUUGACAAGUUUUUUGACAUGCCAAGACAUGAAGCUAUUAAGGCCCUUGGUAUCUACAAAAGAGCUGGCCAGCAGGCCAUGAGCCUCUCCGACUUUUAUGAGGUUUGCAAAGGCUUGGAACUUGCCAGGAACUUUCAGUUUCCUGUGUUGAGAGAGCCUCCUCAGUCCUUCCUUGUGACCAUGGAAGAGUAUAUAAAAGAAGCACCCCGCAUAGUUUCUGUCCCAAUAGAAACAUUGGAAUAUCCUGAGAGGCUUAUGUUGACCUAUAAACAAGAGGAUGAACCUUCAGCUUCUGAAGAUGCUGAAGAAUCAGCUAAUGAAACUAAACCUCCGCCUUCAGAUGAUACUGUUGUUUCAACCUCUGAGGCUCCUGCCCCGCCAGUGCAGCCGCCUCCAAGCAGCUUGGAAACUGAUGAUUUACUGGGGCUCAAUACACCAACUGGUUAUGCAUCAGCAAUCGAGGAAAGCAAUGCUUUGGCUUUAGCAAUAGUACCAUCUGGGACAACACCGUUUGACUCAAACCCUGCUCAGCCAAAAGAUUUUGAUCCUACUGGAUGGGAACUUGCCCUGGUCACUACUCCUAGCAGCGACUUAUCUGCAGCUCAUGAGAGACAAUUGGCUGGUGGAUUGGACUCCCUCACGCUCAAUAGUUUGUAUGAUGAAGGAGCAUAUAGAGCAUCUCAACAACCAGUAUAUGGACAACCAGCCCCUAAUCCUUUCGAAGUUGCUGAUCCAUUUGUCAUGUCUAGUACCAUGCCUCCCCCUCCAUCCGUGCAAAUGGCUAUGGCGCCUCAGCAUCAAAUGAAUCCUUUUGGACCAUUCCAACCUGCCUAUCCACAGCCCCAAAAUCCAAUGAUGAAUCCACACAAUCCUUUUGGCGAUGCAGGGUUCAGCGCAUUUCCUGCUAAUAAUGUUGCUCAUCCACAAACAACCAAUCCUUUCGGGAGCACUGGCCUGAUAUAGCAGACUUGACAGUUCGGUGCAUUGCCUGUCAAUCCUUUUGAGACCACUGGCCUGCUGUAUUAAAAGUUGCACAUACACGAGAUGUAGCAGAAUUGGCAUAGUUGAUUUUUGUAGUGAAUCUGCGGUUGUGUAAAUUGUUCACGUGAAAUAUAGUUUUUCAGCUUGACCUAUAUGUUUGCUUUAAGAUGUAAAGAUGGUUAUAAAUGGAGAUUCAACUUUUGUCUGUCGAUUGAAAUCAUAUGAUAAGUACUCUUACUGAUUGUUUAUGGAAAGAUAGUACCAAUAGACAAAUGUUAAACUGUUCAUUCAGUGUGGGAAUCAUAAGAAAAUUGUUGCAAAU